AUGGAUGAUACUCGUAACUGUAUUGAAUGGACUACCAUGAAAGCUGGUAAUAAUCAAGCAUGGUUCAAUGGUACAUGUAAUACAGCUAAUAGCAAUUACACUGCUGGCAUUCGAAGUAGUUUACCAGCAACUUUAACUAUCGGCAUAUUUGGAAUUAUUGCAAAUGGAUUUAUCUGCUAUACUGUGAUCAAAAAAAAGCUUUUGCAUUUAUCCAUCUAUAGCCUAAUAUGCAAUAUGUGCAUAUCAGAUGGUAUAUCGUUAUUAUCCAUCAUUUUAAAUACAAUUUUAUCAACAUUAAGAACAUUUUACAAUGUUCGUGAUCGGCAAGGCUUAGCACCAUAUGAAAUUGGUUGUAAAUUAUCCUACUUUAUUUUAAGCUCGGGAUUUACAGUAUCGACUGUGUCUUUAGCCAUUAUUUCAGUCGAUCGCUAUCAUAUCAUUGUAGGGAGUAUUGGCCAAAAUUCUAUCUUAAAUACCAAGCGUAAGAUUCGAUCGGCUAUUAUUUGCGUUUGGAUAUAUUCAUUUGCUACUAAUUGCCCUAUAAUACGAUUUAUGUAUAUCCCAAUAGAUGCACCAUCAACGUGUGAUAUCUACUUAUACGGCUAUAAUGAGAAUACCUUGUAUUACCUGGUCGUUUCCGUAUUAAAUUAUUUUAUACCGUUGACAAUUAUGAUCAUAAUGUAUGGCAGGAUUGCUAGACAUCUUAAGAAAACUAUAACACCACUUAAUAGCAUUCAUUCUAUUUCGAAUUCUUCCUCUUAUAGUAUUUCUCUUCCAGGUACUAGCAUCGCUUCUGCUUCAUCAUUCCAAAUUAAUCGAAAACGUCGUGUUGCCAUUAUUAAAAUGAUUGCAAUUGCUACCACUGUUUAUAUGCUAACAUCAUUUCCUUAUGUCUUGAUUAUCUUAACCUCCGCUUUUACUCAAAUGACGAUCCUCCAAUUGCGGAAUUCUGGUAAUCCGGCUGCAUCUGCUCUUAUUACAGUUGGCUUCAUUUCGACCAGUAUUGCAUGUAUCGAGAACCCUAUCGUCUAUCUAAUCUAUAACAAGGUUCUACGCAGUGCAUUACCUCAAUGUUGCCAACCUAGUCAAACUCGUCGUGUAUCUCAAGUUCAUGCUGUUCGAAGCAGCACUAAACAUCAAUUCAUUUUUCGAUAG